CCGUCAAUCACGAGGGGAGACUCCAAACAGUGAGCCUGGAGCUGGGGAACAGCGUUUACCGGCGGAGCGGCCGGUUUUAUGACUGAAGCUAUGGCUACAGAUUCUCCUAGAAGACCCAGUCGUUGUACUGGUGGAGUUGUGGUUCGCCCUCAGGCUGUCACAGAGCAGUCCUACAUGGAAAGUGUUGUAACUUUUCUUCAGGAUGUUGUGCCACAGGCUUACAGUGGAACAUCUUUAACAGAAGAAAAGGAGAAAAUAGUCUGGGUCAGAUUUGAAAAUGCAGAUUUAAAUGAUACAUCAAGAAAUCUGGAAUUUCAUGAAAUACAUAGCACUGGGAAUGAGCCACCACUGCUGGUUAUGAUUGGCUACAGUGAUGGAAUGCAAGUCUGGAGCAUCCCUAUUAGUGGAGAAGCACAGGAGCUCUUCUCUGUUCGACAUGGCCCAAUUCGAGCAGCUAGAAUCUUGCCUGCUCCACAGUUUGGUGGUCAAAAAUGUGAUAACUUUGCAGAAAAAAGACCCCUUCUUGGUGUGUGUAAGAGCAUUGGAUCUUCCGGGACAAGCCCACCUUAUUGUUGUGUGGAUCUAUAUUCACUUCGUACUGGAGAGAUGGUCAAGUCCAUUCAGUUUAAAACACCUAUUUAUGACCUCCACUGCAACAAGCGGAUCCUCGUCGUAGUCUUGCAGGAGAAAAUCGCUGCCUUUGAUAGCUGUACUUUCACAAAAAAAUUUUUUGUCACAAGUUGUUAUCCUUGCCCUGGGCCAAAUAUGAAUCCUAUUGCUCUUGGGAGUCGCUGGCUUGCUUAUGCAGAAAACAAGUUGAUUCGAUGUCAUCAGUCCCGUGGUGGAGCCUGUGGAGACAACAUUCAGUCUUAUACUGCCACAGUCAUUAGUGCUGCUAAAACACUGAAAAGUGGCCUGACGAUGGUUGGGAAAGUGGUGACUCAGCUGACUGGCACACUGCCCUCAGGUGUGACAGAAGAUGAUAUUACCAUCCACAGUAACUCACGACGGAGUCCUUUGGUCCCAGGCAUCAUCACAGUCAUUGACACUGAAACAGUUGGCGAGGGUCAGGUGCUAGUGAGUGAAGAUUCUGACAGUGAUGGCAUUGUGGCCCACUUUCCUGCCCACGAGAAGCCAGUGUGCUGUAUGGCUUUUAAUACAAGUGGAAUGCUUUUAGUCACAACAGACACACUUGGCCAUGACUUUCACGUCUUCCAAAUUCUGACACAUCCUUGGUCCUCAUCACAAAGUGCUGUCCACCAUCUGUACACUCUUCACAGGGGUGAAACUGAAGCUAAGGUACAGGACAUCUGCUUCAGCCAUGACUGUCGUUGGGUUGUGGUCAGUACCCUCCGGGGUACUUCUCAUGUUUUCCCCAUCAACCCUUAUGGUGGCCAGCCUUGUGUUCGUACACAUAUGUCACCACGAGUAGUUAAUCGCAUGAGCCGUUUCCAGAAAAGUGCUGGACUGGAAGAAAUUGAACAAGAACUGACGUCAAAGCAAGGAGGCCGCUGUAGUCCUGUUCCAGGCCUAUCAAGCAGCCCUUCUGGCUCACCCCUGCAUGGAAAACUGAACAGCCAAGACUCUUACAACAACUUUACCAACAAUAAUCCUGGAAACCCCCGGCUCUCUCCUCUCCCCAGCUUGAUGGUAGUGAUGCCUCUUGCUCAAAUCAAGCAGCCAAUGACAUUGGGGACCAUCACCAAACGAACAGGCAAAGUUAAACCACCUCCACAAAUUUCACCCAGCAAAUCGAUGGGCGGAGAAUUUUGUGUGGCUGCUAUCUUUGGGACAUCCAGGUCAUGGUUUGCAAAUAAUGCAGGUCUUAAAAGAGAAAAAGAUCAGUCCAAACAAGUCGUAGUUGAAUCUCUCUACAUUAUCAGUUGCUAUGGAACCUUGGUGGAGCACAUGAUGGAGCCUCGACCCCUCAGCACUGCUCCCAAGAUUAGUGAUGACACUCCACUGGAAAUGAUGACAUCACCUCGAGCCAGCUGGACUCUGGUUAGAACGCCUCAGUGGAAUGAAUUGCAACCACCAUUUAAUGCAAACCACCCUCUGCUCCUUGCUGCAGAUGCAGUACAGUAUUAUCAGUUCCUACUUGCUGGCUUGGUUCCCCCUGGAAGUCCUGGACCCAUCACUCGACAUGGGUCCUAUGACAGUUUAGCAUCUGACCAUAGUGGACAAGAAGAUGAAGAAUGGCUUUCGCAGGUUGAAAUUGUUACACACACUGGACCCCACAGACGGCUGUGGAUGGGUCCACAGUUCCAGUUCAAAACCAUCCACCCCUCAGGCCAAACCACAGUCAUAUCCUCCAGUUCAUCUGUGUUGCAGUCUCAUGGUCCAAGUGACACUCCACAACCUCUUUUGGAUUUUGAUACAGAUGACCUUGAUCUCAACAGUCUCAGGAUCCAGCCAGUCCGCUCUGACCCAGUCAGCAUGCCAGGGUCAUCCCGCCCAGUCUCUGAUCGAAGGGGAGUUUCCACAGUGAUUGAUGCUGCCUCAGGUACCUUUGACCGGAGUGUGACCCUGCUGGAGGUGUGCGGGAGCUGGCCUGAGGGCUUCGGGCUGCGGCACAUGUCCUCCAUGGAGCACACAGAGGAGGGCCUCCGGGAGCGGCUCGCUGAUGCCAUGGCUGAGUCACCAAGCCGGGACGUCGUGGGAUCAGGAACAGACACAGCCCUUGAAGUAGCAGUAAAAAACAUCACCCCUGAGAGACACGUGGCUGUGAAGUGUUUGGGGAAAAAAAAAGGAAAAAAAAAACAAUGCCAACAGCCCAGCGUCCGUGAGCAACCCAACAGUAACAAAGCAUGCGUUCGGGAUGGAGGAAGAACUUCAGCGAGAGGGAAGCAUCGAGACUCUGAGUAACAGCUCAGGUUCCACCAGCGGCAGCAUCCCCAGAAAUUUUGAUGGCUACCGAUCUCCGCUCCCCACCAAUGAGAGCCAGCCCCUCAGCCUCUUUCCCACCGGCUUCCCGUAGGUACCAGCAACCUGCUUCCAACUGGCCGGCCCACUCACCCACUGGAGGGAGGGGGAGAAGCCCCCCUCUGGUCCUGCCCUUCAGUCUGCUCCUCUUUCAUCAACCACGUUCCCCAAGCUUAGUGACAACAGUCCCCCAUCCUACCUGGAUUGAGAAGAGACCCUUCUCUAAAGCACCUCAGCGCAUCCUGACCUCUACUGUUCCCGUCAGUGGGGGCUGUGGCCAAGAAAGACUGCGGAAGCUCAGUCCCCUUCUCCAUUUGCACAUGAUGUCCUGCAUUGGAUCCGCUUUUGUAUUUUCUAACCAUACCCACAGGGGCCUGGAACAGUGGCCAGAUCUUGGGGCCUGAGUGGGGAGAGGGUGGAUGGUCCAGCUGGGUAUUUUGGCCCUGAGUGGAUAGUCUCAGCCCCAGCCCACUUCAGGCUGUGAUACACACUGCCCCCAGCGUCCCUUGCUCAGCUCCCCUCCAGUAUGGGGUGAACUGAGGCCCAGAGUAAUAGGGGAGGAUGCUUUCCCCAUCAACUCAUGGGAAGAAUUUAUCUUUCUUAUCUUUAAGCCCUUUUACCCUGGUCCUGUGCUGUUCAGUGAAGGAAACUGUGGUUACUGAGGCCCUGUUGAAAAGUGCACGUCUUGUCCAAUAAAUCACGCUGCAAUUGGU